AUGGCCAACAUCAACUGGCGGACGAUAGACGUCGAUGCCUACGACCCUGAGUCGGCAACGAACUUCCCCCUCACAACACUGGUACCCGCCAACCUUCCAGCACCCUCUACCUCGGCCGAGUCAGCACAGAUCGGUCAACAGGUCCGCCAACUCCUCCGCGCCGGGGACAGCGUCGGCGCACUUCAGUCAGCUCUCGAAACUGCUCCGCUGGCCGGUGAUGAAGGAGCGAAACAAGUCCACCUCGCAACCGUGUUGGAAGUGUUACAAGGCAUAAGACAGAGCGAAGUCCACAGGAUAUUGGCCGAGAUGUUAAACCAACCCGGAGGCGCGGCACUGGGCGACACUCUGAUGAAAUACAUCUAUAAAGGCAUGGCCAGUGGGGCAGGCGGGAGUGGGAGUAAAGGCAUGAGUCCCCAAGUUACGGGUACGGGUACCGGGUUUAGUCAGAUACAUGGAAGGCAUUUCGGGGAGGGUGGAGGCGGCCAGGUCAUGAGUGUUCUCCUCAGUUGGCAUGAGAAAUUGACAGAAGCGGUGGGCGUUGGUGGGAUUGUCAGGGUCAUGUCGGAUCGACGCACGGUAUGA